AUGAAUCUGCUCUGUGUCAUCUGUGUAUUAUCAAUUCCUAUUCAAAUACUUGGUACUAUUAAAGAAACUAUAGUUGAAAAUCCAUUUUAUCUUCGUGUUCGUAUGCAUGAUUCUCAAACGGCUAAUGUUCAAUUUGAAAUAGCACUAAAUAUUAAUCAGCGAUCAUGUCAAAUGUAUAAAUUUACAAUUCAUCAUGAUGAUGAUUUUUAUUCAAUGCCUGAACAAAAUUUAACAUUUUGGAGAAAUUCACUUGAAUUAAAAUAUUUAUCUAUUGGUAAUUAUAGAAUAUGUGCUAUCAUAUGUUCAGAAUAUUCAAAACAAUAUCAUUCAUUAUAUUAUAUAUUUAAGAAAGAAAAUCCUUUAAAACCAAUAUCGGCUUGUGUUAAUAUUUAUGCAUAUCGCUCACAUUAUCUAAUUCUUACACUUUAUUUAUUGGUUUUUUUAAUUCUUACUUUUUCACAAAUUAGUUUUUCAUUACGUAAACGAAAAUUUGAAGCAAGAAUGAAAAGAAAUUUGAUUAAAUUUGAAAAUACGUCACUAAAAUGGCAUUCUAUUUCAACAUUAUCGAUCUCAAGUUAA